AUGGAAGAGGAUGACGACGAUGAUUCCUCUUUCGCCGGACAAGCUUCUGCCCUAAGAAGUCUUCAGGUCGAGAGCGACAACCGUGAUUCACCCAAUAGCUCCAUGACCUCGGCUUCAGUUGCUCCGUCUCUGCCUGACCCAAAGGCCAAAAUUAUAACCAAAGUGGAAGGAAAAGUUGAAGCAACCCCUAACAACGUAAGCUCAUACAUGUUUCUGAAAGCACCCUCGAAUUGCCGGUCCAAAUCAUCAAUUCCUUCCCGACUAUCCCCAUCCGAAUAUGCCAGCCAAUGCGUGGCCGCAGCCGAAGCGUCGAGGUUGGAUCCUUACGCAUUGCAUGAAGACGAGCAUAAGCUAUUACAGGAUAAAUUAUGCUAUUCCCAUGUCAGCGUCUACCUCAAUAUUCGAAAUGGAAUUUUGAGGCUGUGGACUCGAAAUCCGAGCGUGAGUGUCAACCUCGAAGAGGCGAUUGGUUGCACAAAGGACGAACGGUGGACGCGUCUUGCCUGUUUUGCAUACGAGUGGCUUCUUCGACGAGGCUACAUUAAUUUUGGCUGUGUGAACCCACCUGCUAUUACCAAGUCCGGCGGACGUGGUCGUAAGAAGGAGACUCCUCGAGAAACAAUCGUUGUUAUCGGAGGCGGCAUGGCUGGCUUGAGUACUGCUCGGCAGCUCACCAACCUCUUUCAACACUACCCCGAUCGUGCUCCUCCCAAGAUCAUUGUUCUGGAAGGUCGCGACAGAAUAGGCGGGCGCAUAUACUCACAUCCGCUAACUAGCAUGCGAUCGACCAAGCUCUCACCCGACCAAAGACCCAUUGCUGAGAUGGGCGCCCAUAUCAUCGUUGGCUUCGACCGUGGAAAUCCUCUCGAUGCUAUCAUUCGUGGCCAACUCGCCCUCGAUUAUCACCUCCUUCGAGAUCUGUCUACCCUGUACGAUGUCGAUGGCACCCCAGUUAAUGGUGUGAACGAUGCAAUGAUAGAAAGAUUGUACAACGAUGUCCUCGACCGAACUGGGCAUUAUCGGUUGAAACAUACGGUCAAGAAGACUGCACAGGGAGAAAAGGAUUUGAUUGAUGCGGGCCGAGAUCCUACACACGAUGAUGGUCUUACUAUCAAGCAAUUUGAGGAAGCCGCCGCACUUGGCACGAUUGAUCAAUUACUUCCCAAGAAGAAGUCAAGACGAAGAGGUGCAGGCCAUCGAGCUGCAAAGGGUGACAAAUCUUCGGAAGAGGUAGAGACGAGCACAGAGACAAAAACGCAACUGCCAGCCGCUCAAGCCGCAAAAGAGUUUGGCUUUCUACUUCGGAAGACAACACAGAUGCAUGAGACACUCGAGUUGGACGACCUUGCCUCUCAGCCCAAUCAAUCACUCGGUGCGGUCAUGAAUGCUGGCAUCGAUCAAUACCAGAACUAUCUCGACCUUAAGCCAUAUGCUCUUCGGCUGAUCAACUGGCAUUUUGCAAAUCUUGAAUACGCCAACGCCGCCAACGUUGACAAAUUGAGUCUCCGGGGCUGGGAUCAAGAUAUUGGCAACGAGUUCGAAGGUGAACAUGCACAAGUGGUGGGCGGAUACCAGCAACUGCCUCGUGCACUCUGGCGUCAUCCCGAUCCCUUGGAUGUGCGGACUCACAAAUCAGUCAAAAGCAUCAAAUACACCGCUGCCGGGUCUGCUGGCAAAGCCACCAUAACUUGUGAGGAUGGCCAAUCCAUCGAGGCUGACAAAGUCGUCUUUUCCGCUCCUCUUGGAGUCCUCAAAGAACAAUCCAUUCAGUUUGACCCACCACUACCACAGUGGAAGCGUGAUGCGAUCCGGAGAAUGGGGUUUGGGCUCUUGAACAAGGUAAUCCUGGUCUUUGAGAAACCUUUCUGGGAUGUAGAAAGAGACAUGUUUGGCCUGCUGCGACCUCCUCGAACCGGUAAUGGUAACAACCAGAGCGAUUACAAAGAGGGUCGAGGUCAAUUCUACCUGUUCUGGAAUUGUAUCGAAACAAGUGGGUUGCCUGUCUUGAUUGCACUUAUGGCUGGAGACUCAGCACAUGAAGCCGAGAAAGUCAGCGAUGAGGUUCUGGUUGGCGAAUGUGUCCAUCAACUGCGGAAUGUUUUUGGCCCAAUGAACGUUCCGCCACCAGUUGAAUCAAUUGUCACACGAUGGGGUUCGGAUCGAUUCGCACGAGGCACGUACUCGUAUGUUGCCGCUGAAGCAAGACCGGGCGACUACGAUCUCAUCGCAGCGCCAAUUGAGAAUUUAUUUUUCGCGGGUGAAGCAACAAUAGCCAGUCAUCCAGCCACUGUCCACGGCGCAUAUCUCUCUGGUCUUCGAGCCGCCAAUGAAGUCUUUGAGUCGCUGGUGGGACCAAUCCCAAUCCCACCAACCUUGGUACCUUCGCCCGUGGCAAAGAGAAGCAGCAGCUCUACGAUUGAUUUGACUCAGAUGGACACCCACAUGGCAGUUGGUGGAAAGAGAAAGGGAGAUGAACUACUUCCUGCGGGCACUUUCACUCGACCCGUGAAGGAAAAGGAUAACUCGUUGAAUGAAGCAUGGGACGCAGCCAUGUGGGUCCGCAUCUAUGAUGACCUGGGACCUCCUCCUGUUAAACCUCCAAAAGCCAACGUCAACUCAUUCCUCGUUUUCUCCGGCGAGCAUUGGGAAGAAGUCAAGAUUCGCCUGGCCGAGAACCGCAAAACAGGAAAGAAAGGAAAACAUUCAGAACGUGAUCAGGUCCGUGUCGAGUUGGGCAAGAUGUGGGCUGCUCUGUCUGAGGAAGGGAAGAAACCAUACACCGAUCAGACAAACAAGAACCGGGAGGAGAAUGACAAAGCGAUGAAAGAAUGGGCUGCCAAGGCGGCCGAAUGGGAUCGACGGACAUGGGAAGUCAAAGAUGUCUGGAUCAAAGAAGGUAACAGUUUUGAAGAAUUCUGUAAGCGGAAGCGCGAGGAAGACGAGGUGAUGAACGCGGCAGACCAGGCUAAGAGGGCCAGACUCUAG